AUGACGAUUACCUCCAUUCAAAGCCUCUUACCAGGCCGCAUUGCAUCCAAUGCCACUGAGAAGCGAACAGAAAAACCGCCACCACAACUGCAUGGGGUCCAAGACUUCCCCUUCAAGGGUUACCACCCUCCGCAACCUGAGGGAUAUCGGCAAAGCCAGGCUCAUCCCGACACAAGUGCCAUCGUCAUUGACAAUGGGUCUCAUCUGGUCAAGGCCGGUUGGUCCUUUGACAAAAAUCCCAGAUUCGCCAUACCUCCCGUGAUGAGCCGAUACCGUGAUCGCAAGCUCAAUCGCCAGUGUCAAUUUAUCGGAUAUGAUGCCUACGUUGAUGCGACUACCAGAGGACAACUGCGCAAUGGGUUCGAUCCCGGUUCUAGUGUUGUCGGUAACUGGGAUGUCAUGGAGGGCGUGUUGGACUAUCUGUUCCUGAAGCUGGGUGUGGAUGGUGCCAAUGGAGGCGUUGGGCGCCCCAUCUUGAUGACAGAGCCGAUCGCUAAUACGGCAUACUCACGGAAAAUGAUGAACGAGAUCCUCUUCGAAUGCUACUCCGCGCCGUCCGUGGCCUACGGCAUCGAUUCCCUUUUCUCGUACCGCUAUAAUGGGGGAACAGAUGGUUUGAUCGUGGAUUCAUCGCAUACGUCCACCCAUGUCAUUCCCGUCAUGAAUUCGAAGCCCAUGCUCUCCAAUACUUCUCGUCUCAACUGGGGAGGUCUGCAAACCGCCGAGUACCUGAUGAAGCUCAUGAAGCUCAAAUACCCCACCUUCCCGACUCGUUUGACGGAUGCACAGAUGGAGGAGAUGGUUCACAAGCACUGCUACGUCUCGCAAGACUACGCCCGCGAGCUGAAUGGGUUCCUUGACUGGACUGGACUAGAAGACCGUGAUCGCGUCAUUCAAUACCCAUUCACGGAACACAUCGUUCAGGAGAAAACAGAAGAAGAACUUGCGAGGAUUGCGGAGCGCAAGAAGGAGAGCGGGCGUCGCCUGCAAGAACAAGCCGCAAGGAUGCGACUUGAGAAAUUAGUGAAAAAGGAGCAAGAGCUGGAGUACUGGAAAGAUCUGCAGCAAAACUUAGCCAAUGAGACUAAGAAAGAAAUCCGUCGCGUGCUGGAAGCCGAAGAUUUAAAGGAUGAGGCUGCUCUGGAGAAAUUGAUUCGUGAGCUAGAGAAAUCUAUCAAACGUUCGCGCAACAAGGACCUCGGCAUUGAAGAAAGUGAGGAGCAGCCUGAAGAAAUGACCUUCCCCAUGCUCGAUAUUCCAGACGAUCAAUUAGAUGAGGCUGGCCUGAAGGAAAAACGCCAUCAACGUCUCAUGAAGUCCAACGUCGAUGCCAGACAACGUGCCAAGGAAGAGAAAGAGCGCGAAAAGGCUCGCGUUGAAGCAGAGGAGCGACUAGAUCGCGAGACGCGCGAGAAAGAUUUCGAGAACUGGAUUUCAAAGCGCCGCAACAACCGCCAGAACAUCCUCCAAAGAAUCAAAGACCGUGAUCGCUUCACUGCCGAUCUUGGAAACCGCAAAUCUCUGGCCAGCCAGAUGCGCAUGAAAACGCUAGCCAAUCUAGCAUCCGACGGUCCUAAGAAACGCCGCCGUGGUGGAGAUGACGAUGACUUCGGUGCUAAUGAUGAUGACUGGGGUGUUUACCGCACCGUGGCCGUCGGUGAGGGCAGUGACGAUGAAGAAGAAGAGGAUCUCAACGGCAUGCUCGACGCGGUAGAGAAGGAGCUUCUCGAGUACGACCCUGAUUUCAACGAGCACCACACUUUUGCGGCACAAUCCGAUUGGACCAAGAGUCUUGUUCAUGCCUUCCUACGCGGGCCAUGGCCUUUUGAUCCCGAGAGCCAGCGAGAGGCACACCAGCUCCAUUUGAACGUGGAACGCAUCCGUGUCCCCGAAGUUGUUUUCCAGCCCUCUAUCGCUGGUGUCGAUCAGGCUGGUCUGAUCGAAAUUGCAGCCGAUAUCAUUAACCAACGUUAUACCAACCCAGCAGACCAAUCCCGUCUUCUGAAAGAUGUUUUCUUGACUGGUGGAAAUACGUUAUUCACCGGUUUUGAUGAACGCUUCCGCAAGGAAGUCCGCGGCUUCUUGCCUGUCGAUGCCACACUAAAUGUGCGCAAGGCAUCGGACCCUGUGUUCGAUGCUUGGAAGGGUGCUGCACAGUGGGCUUCUAGUGGUGACUUGGGCCGUUCUUCAGUCACGCGGCAAGAGUAUAUGGAGAAGGGCAGCGAGUACAUCAAAGAGCAUGAACUCGGCAAUGCUACGUGGUGA